GAAUACAGGGUCGACAACCCUGGUCAGAAACUCACAAGCAUGAUUGUUUUCACUGGACGAGAUUAACGAUUCAAAUCCCUAACAUCAACAAAUUUUACAACUUGUCCUUCUCACCCAAAUUCUCACAGCCGCCCGCUACCCACCCUCGGCCUCUCUUCAGAGUUCAGAGCAAACAAUUUUCGCCCUUUUCUUUUUUCUUCAUUCGAGCGUCCCUUCUCCUCCACUGAAAACCUUACUACCCGUUGCACACAAACUCCCCCGCCGCCGUCACCCAACCCCUACGCAAAACCUUUGCCACCGGACGAAACUCGCCGCCGCACGCUUCUAUCCACUUCUCCACCGCCGUGCUCUCCGCUUCCCAUUUGCCGCUGCCUGCCCUUCGUAGCAACAGCGCCAGAAAGUGGGACUAUUGGUUUGGGUCGCGUCGAAUUGGGUGAUUGUAAACAGCGACACGUCCAGGAAGAGCUUGCCAGUCACGAUAAUGUCUCUUCGGGCUCCUCCUUCGUCCACCUCUUCUUCCUGUUCUCUUUUUCCCCUAUGUCCUGGUCUGCAUUCUGCUUCCCGCGCUAGGCUGCCACUUUCCGUCGCCUUUCCUACAAGAAUUGUCCGCUGCAGCCUAUUGCAAGAUCAAGUCUCCGUUAAUGGCGGAGCUGGGUCUAGAGUCUCUGACCGGAAUGAGCUUCGACUUGGCUUGCCUAGCAAAGGACGGAUGGCCGACGACACUCUUGAUCUCCUUAAGGACUGUCAACUAUCUGUCAGAAAGGUUAAUCCUCGACAAUAUGUUGCGGACAUUCCUCAGCUGUCCAACUUGGAAGUCUGGUUCCAGCGACCCAAAGACAUUGUUAGAAAGUUGUUAUCCGGAGAUUUGGACCUUGGAAUUGUGGGCCUUGAUAUAGUCAGUGAAUAUGGCCAGGUAACAUUUGAUAUUCUAAUCAGGUUUGAUAUUCUAAAAUGCUCACUUCUGCCGACUGUUACUCAGAUACCAAAAUAUGGCAUCUUUGAAAACAUAAAUUCCAUGGAUGAGCUGGCUCGAAUGCCUCAGUGGACAGCUGAGAAACCUCUACGAGUUGCAACUGGAUUUACUUAUCUAGGACCUAAGUUUAUGAGGGAAAAGGGACUGAAGCAUGUGGUUUUUUCAACUGCUGAUGGAGCCUUAGAAGCAGCACCAGCGAUGGGUAUAGCUGAUGCAAUUUUAGACCUUGUCAGUAGUGGGACAACCCUCAGGGAAAAUAACCUGAAAGAAAUCGAAGGUGGAGUUGUAUUGGAGAGUCAGGCUGUUCUUGUUGCAAGCAAGAAAUCAUUAGUGCACCGGAAAGGCUUGUUGGACACAACACAUGAGAUCAUUGAAAGAUUGGAGGCACAUUUGAGGGCUGUUGGUCAAUUCACGGUGGUUGCAAACAUGAGAGGAAAUAGUCCCGAUGAAGUGGCUGAGCGAGUACUGAGUCAGCCGUCUUUGGCUGGGCUGCAGGGGCCUACUGUAAGUCCAGUUUUCUGCAAACGUGAUGGAGAAGUUGUGGUUGACUAUUAUGCCAUAGUCAUUUGUGUACCAAAGAAGGAAUUGUACAAGUCUGUGCAGCAACUUAGAGCGAUUGGAGGCAGUGGUGUUCUGGUUUCUCCUCUGACUUACAUAUUCGACGAGGAGACCCCUAGAUGGCAGGAACUUCUCGGCAAACUUGGCCUAUAAUAAUUGAUGUUCUCUUUGCUCAGCGUCUCAUCCUCUUCCAGUACAUUUCUGUUCCUUCAGUAACCUGCAGGCUUCCAGACUCCAGGUACACGCACCUUGAUUAAGGCCGGUCUACAAUUAGAGAUGAUUGAGAAGCAUGAAAGAAAAGGAAGGACCCUGCCCUGCAUCAUUGAGCUCCAGCAAGCAAGUGCAUAAGCAAAUUCGGGAAGUAAUUUUUCCGUGUAGUGUUUUUGUGUUGUGAUUUAGUUAUUUAAUGUAGGCAAUGAUCCCACUGCUGGAUUUUGACCUUGUUUCUGCAUUUCUGGGUUUUGGUUUCUCUUCUCCAUUUAAUUCUUGGGAAAGAGUCAAAGUGCUGAACUUUGUCGUGUCGAAUCUGUUGAAUUGUCUAGAACUUCAUAGUCAUUCGGUAACUUCAUCGUUAUGUUUUGGUUAUGAUGAGGGAUCUUCUGCCAUAACUAAGAG